UAAUUUUUUUCAACUUUUUUCAUGAAAUCCGUCAGAAAGAGGUGAAAAUAAGACAACUGAAUAAAUUCAAACUUUUUUUGAUGUUUGAAAUUGAAAAUUGAAUUUUUGUAAAUUUUGAUUUUUUUGUGAGGAGUUCAUUUCAUCGAGUGAAAAGGGUUUUUCAACUUUUUCGACAGAUACGUAAAAAUAGGGGUCAAAUGGGUCAACUUCACCUAUCAAAUCUUUUUUUCAUGUUUUAAAUCAAAAAAUCGCAUAUUUUCGCAAACUUCGAAUUUUUUUAAAUUGACUUUGCAACAUGUUACCUUCCUAAUUUUUUAAUAUGUUGUUCAGCAUGAAAAGUUGUUCAUAAUUAUAUUAUUUUCAGAAUUUUUGAGAGUUGGAACGAUAUGAAAACUAGGUUUCGAAACUUUUUUAGCUAAUUUUUUGUACGAAAAAAAAAGUGGCAACAUUGAUUUUCAUGAUAUCACCAAAAAGUCUUUCAAAACCCCUUACUAUGGGAAAAUGUUCCAUUUUGAUUCACGAUGGACUGUGCAGUAACUGUAUUCAUCGAAGAAGGCGCAUGUGAAACCGUUGUCGCCGAUGAUGUAGUGGCUGAUGAGGUUAUACAAGCUGAAGAAGUGAUCCAAGGUGAAGAGGUAAUUCAAGCCGAUGAGAUGAUUCAAGCUGAUGAAUAUGGUCAAGAUGAAUCUUCGCAGGCUCAGGAAAACAAUGAGAACGCUCCUCAGUGGUACCUAUAUUUACUGCAAGCUGAACCAGUUAAGAUCGAACUACCCGAAGAAAAAGUCGAACAAAUCGAUGCCGGUUACGAGUGUAAGAUCGAGAAUGGAUUCAAACACGAGCCUCCAGAGAACAUAGAGUUAGAUAAUAUGGAUCCCAAUCUGUAUGCUGAGUUCGCUUCGGAGGUUCAAAUGGAAGUUGAACAACACCAAGGACUAGAAAUGGCCCAAGUCACGUCCAAAGUGUACGAUAUUAUCCAUCCGAGUCCAGUUUCGCUAAAACAACUGUCAACAAUCGCCGUUAGUCUAGAAUUAUGGCGACUUAAAUUGAGUAAAUUUCGCACCCGCUAUGGUGGAAAAUUGAAUCGGAAUGACUGUUACAUGCUAAAAAUAGAAAAUACCUGGCUUAAAAAAAUGCUUCCCGGUUUGCCUUCCACGAUUUACCAGACGAUCGAAGAAGUUUCAUCAAGAUUUAGGAAAUCGAUGUUAUCUUGGGUGAAAGAUCAUGCUACGAAAGUAUUUGUUUCGUUUGUUUUAAACGAUUUCGAUGAUUUUGUGUGCGAUUAUGAUGGUUUUAUUCAUUACGCGAGGACAGCCGAACGAAUGAUGCGUUGUGAAGGAUUCAGUUCGGAAACGAAAUUUGCAGUCGCUUGUAUGUAUUUCUUCGAAGACGACGUAAGACGAAUUUGGCCAUCUGUAUCAGCAAACAUGAAACUAGAUUUGAUCGAUUUUGACGAAUGCCCUGCAGUAUAUUACUGGAUUUGUCGCCUCACGAAUAAGUUGAAUAAAAUACCAAUCUGGGAGGGUGGAACUGUUGAUGAAAGAAUGCUUGGAGCCAGCAUGGUUCGAAAUAGACCUUCGGUCGAGUAUUUUUGGAAUCGUAUACCUCUGGAAAAACGAAUACAAGCACUUGAAAAUGAAGACCUCAAGUAUUAUAAUUUUGUUAGAUUCAUUUUACCAAAACUGGAUGAUCAGCAGCUCGAUGAAUAUUUCAAUCAUCAUCCGGAUGGUCCAGAUGAUUUGUAUUACAUGUUUCAGAAUCUUUAUUGCGAUGAAUGGAUCGUCUUCAGAACUUGGUUCCACAUUAGGAACAUUAUAACGGAAAGUAGUUUUACCAAUCUUAUAAUGUGUAUGUUUAAAGAUGAGAAGAAAUAUGAUUUCUUUCAACCGGAAAAGUGGGAAUAUUUGACUUGCCAAAUAUGGAAGCAUACCCCGCUUAAUUUAAAACAAUCGGUGAUUAGAGUUAUCUCAUCGGACAGUAGCUGGAUCGCAGCUAUCAAGAUUCGCGAUUGCGGUGAUUGCGAUCGUGAAAAAAUUAACGUCGAGUUGCUAUUGACUAUUUUGCAAGAUGCAUCGUUGAAAGAAAGAAACUUAUUCUUGCGUAAUUGCAGGAGUUGCUUAAAAAAACCACUUCGAAGUAAAGAUUUGCAACGGUUGAUGGAAUUGUGCUGUAAGAACCAAGAUGAGAUCAAUCAGUUCAUGGCUGAUAGCGGAGAUGACUCAGACGAAGAUGAGUCAAACGAAGAUGAGUCAGACGAAGAUGAGAGUGAUUGA